AUGCUCCUGAAGCUGCAGCAGACUGGGCUCGUGUCCUCAUUCGGGAAAAAAAAACCGACAUUAUCAAAACCCAAGAGGUUAAAACACGACGUUUUGAGCGUUUUUCUUCUUCCAUUGUAUUUAUUUCUGUCUUUUGGGAGACAACACAACAGUAGCGCUGACGUUCCUUUUGUAAAGGUCGCUCUUUCCUGCCCUACUUCCCGGAACACUUUAUUCUUUACAGAUAUUCUCUGUCAAGCCGCCAAAGUGGAGAGUGUCGUUGCACCAGGGGGUCCUUCUCGUUUCAGUGUAGCGGGAGGAGGUGGGGGUGCACCUCAGCACUAUCCCAAGACUCUCAGUAACAGCGAGUUCCUGGGGAAAACCUCAGGUACUGGCGUUCAGAGAUGGGUCCCUUCUCGAAGCACUAGACGAGAGGCCAGCUCCUCUGCCGAGAAAGGACAAAAUGAUGCAAUCUUCAGGAAAGUGAGAGGCAUACUUAAUAAGCUGACUCCUGAGAAGUUCGACAAACUAUGCUUGGAGCUCCUCAAUGUGGGUGUAGAUUCAAAGCUCGUCUUGAAAGGAAUCAUCUUGUUGAUUGUUGACAAGGCCCUUGAAGAGCCCAAGUAUAGCCAGUUGUACGCUCAGUUAUGUCUACGCUUGGCAGAGGAUGCACCGAACUUUGAAGGCCCAUCAGAAAACGAAACAUCACAAAAGCAGAAUACUACCUUCAGAAGGCUUCUGAUUUCUAAGCUUCAAGAUGAGUUUGAGAACCGCGCCAGGAAUGUUGAGAUCUUUGACAAACAGGAAGGCACCCUCACCCCUGAGGAGGAGGAGCAGCGUGGCAUUGCUAAGCACAAAAUGCUGGGCAACAUCAAAUUCAUCGGUGAACUUGGCAAACUCAACCUCAUCCAUGAAUCUAUCCUUCAUAAGUGCAUCAAAACACUUUUGGAGAAGAAGAAGAAAGUCCAACUCAAAGAUAUGGGUGAAGACCUGGAAUGCCUCUGUCAGAUAAUGAAAACGGUGGGACCUAAAAUUGAUCAUCAAAAGGCUAGGUCUUUAAUAGACCAGUACUUUGGACGCAUGCGAUCCUUAACGAACAACAAGGAGCUGCCUGCAAGGAUCCGUUUCCUGCUGCAGAACACAGUGGAGCUGCGGGAGAACAACUGGGUUCCCCGUAAAGCUUAUGUUGACAACGGACCAAAGACAAUCAACCAAGUUCGUCAAGAUGCAGUAAAGGAUUUGGGUGUUUUCAUUCCUUCUUCAACCGAUGCGAUGAGGAAUGACUUCUUCAUGGACAACUCCUCCUUCCUGCCAACAAGGAUCAAGUUUGACAGGGAAACUCUUGGCGGGCUGGCUGACAUGUUUGGACAAAUGCCUGGAAGUGGUAUUGGUACAGGACCCGGGGUUAUUCAGGAUCACUACUCACCCACUAUGGGUCGUCACCGUGCAAAUCCACUCUAUAAUGGUCACAUUGGAAACAGCAAUGGUUCACAUCAAGCUCACUUUGAGGCAGCAAGCAAACCUUACAUGAAGCAAAAUCAGGGGCAGAGUUCACCGGUUUUCAGCCAUAAACAAGCUCACUUGGCACAGAUGCAGUCCAAGGAUAUGGCCCCACGGUUCGGCAAGAAAGGAAAAGUCAACGCUGAUGAGAUAAGUCUGAGACCAGCGCAGUCCUUCAUCAUGAAUAAAAACCAAGUGCCAAAGUUGCAGCCACAGAUGACGAUGAUUCCCCGGGCGGGUUCUCCAAUAGGACAGCUUGGCCUCAAAACCAAUCCUCCUCCAAUUCAGGAGAAACCGGCCAAGUCCAAUAAGAAGGCUCCCCCUACCAAAGAGGAGCUGCAGAAAAUGACGGAGACGCUGGUGGCCGACUACCUGAAUUGCAAAAACAUCGACGAGGCAGUCAAUGCCGUGAAGGAGAUGAAGGCUCCAAAGCACUUUCUGUCCGAGAUGCUGAAUAAGAUCGUGGUGUGUUCCCUUCAACGUUCAGAUGAGGAUAAGGAGCUUGCGAGCACCCUGAUCCACACACUCUGCACCGAAGGCCUCGUCACUGGUGACAACCUAAUGCAGGCCUUUCUGGGUGUUCUGGACCAGUGUCCCAAGAUCGAGGAGGAAAUCCCGCUAGUGAAGUCGUUCUUGGCGCAGUUUGCUGCACGAGCGAUCAUUGCUGACCUGAUCACCAUCGCUGACUGGGCCCACCAGCUGGAGAACGGCGCACAUUUCCCACUGUUCCUGCUCUGCCUGCAGCAGAUGGUCAAACUGAAGGACCGCGACUGGCUGACCGAGCUGUUCCAGCAGAGCAAGAUCAACAUGCAGAAGAUGCUGCCUGAAAUUGACCAGAACAAGGACCGGAUGCUGGAGAUUCUGGAGGGGAAGGGCCUGGGCUUCUUGUUUCCUCUGAUGAAACUGGAGAAGGAGCUGCUGAAGCAGAUCAAGGUGGAUCCCUCUCCACAGUCCAUCUACAAAUGGAUCAAGGACAACAUUUCCCCCAAACUCCACACGGACAAAGGCUUCGUCAACAUCCUCACCACCAGCUUCUUUCAGUACAUCGCUUAUGAGAUCAACCCUGAUGACGAUGAAGAGCAGCUUGCAGCCCCCAGCAAAGAGCAGCUGGACGAAGAGAAGCAGCUGCUGCUGUCUUUCAAGCCAGUCAUGCAGAAGUUCCUCCACGACCACAUUGACCUGCAGGUCAGCGCGUUGUACGCCCUGCAGGUGCACUGCAACGCCAAGGCUUUCCCCAAAGGCAUGUUGCUGCGAUACUUUGUGAAUCUCUAUGACAUGGAAAUAAUUGAAGAAGAAGCCUUCCUCUCCUGGAAAGAAGAUAUCACCCAGGAGUAUCCAGGCAAAGGAAAAGCAUUAUUUCAGGUGAAUCAGUGGCUGACCUGGCUGGAAACUGCUGAGGAAGAGGAGUCUGAGGAUGAAGAUUACUGAGGAACAGGCAAAGCCAUGUGUUUUCAGGAUGCAAUGGGUGUUUUUGAUUUUUAAUCUGUAAUUAUUUUUUCUUCCCCCUUCAUUCUGUCUUUUCUCCCCCCUCUAUUUGUAACCACUGUUACAAUUCAUUCCACUAUGAAAUGUUUCUCCCGGUUAGGCUAAAAGUACCACCACCCUCGUGUAUUUGUGCUUUUUCUAAUUUUUCUAUUCGAUAUGAUGUCCGACAGCAGAUGUUUCCUACAUUUCAGUCAUCAUGGGUUAUGAUUUUUAACAAUGAGGCAGUAUUUUGCAGGGAAAUGCACUAGAACUUGACCCACUUUCACCUUUUCCAUCUGGUCUGAGUCACCAAGUGCUGCCAUAACUAUUAAAACUGUUUACAAAAAGAGAAAAGCCUCCAGCAAUUGCCGUGAGACUUUUCAUUGUUUUAUCAGCAUUUGUUAAUCAGUUUUUAGAUGCACUUUGCUCAACAUCAUGAGUCGUUGCAAUAGUAAAA